GUAAAAAUUACAGACCGGCGAUUGGCUCGCGACUUGUGACGCCAGACGUAAAGCGCCGAGCCUACCGCGGGAGCGCGACGUGAGCUGCAGAUUCACUUUCAAAGGAUCUCUGUGCCCGUGGAUUAGACAAGAUGAGCAAGGCUCACCCUCCCGAGCUGAAAAAAUUUAUGGACAAGAAAUUAUCAUUGAAAUUAAAUGGUGGCAGACAUGUCCAAGGAAUAUUGCGAGGGUUUGAUCCCUUUAUGAAUCUUGUGAUAGAUGAAUGUGUGGAGAUGGCAACUAGUGGGCAACAGAACAAUAUUGGAAUGGUGGUAAUACGAGGAAAUAGUAUCAUCAUGUUGGAAGCCCUGGAACGAGUUUAAAUAACUGUUCAGCAGAGAAAUCCAUGCCCCUCUUCAAACCGCUAGUUUCACUAUGACCAAAAAUUGAGUCAUACACAUUUUCAUAUUAAAUUUUUUUGUUAAAUAAACUUUUGUAAUAGUCAAAAAUGCUUCCUUAGAUUCCUGAAUACACAAAUGAAAUAUUA